AUGUCCCUUUCCGAGUACACACGAGCUCUGAACGACUCGCUAGCGAAAGCAAACCUCGUCCCAGGCUCAGCAGCUAGCCUGAUACCAGCGGGCUUCACCCCAACGACCAAGCUCGACGUAGAGUUCGAGGGCAAGCUCGUGGAGCUAGGCAACUUCUUUCGCGCUGGAGAGUGCAAGCAAGUUCCGACCAUUUCGUUUGCUGCAGAGCCAGAGACGCCUCUAAAUGCCACAUACACGUUCAUCUUGACCGAUCCCGAUGCGCCCACCCCGGAUGACCCAAAAUUCGCGUUCUGGAGACACUUAGUCCUUGCCGGAGUGCGGCCCCGGGGCACGGAGGGCGUGGCGUCCAUUUCGAGGCCGGCCUUGACUGAAUAUCUUGGUCCUGGACCCAAAGACGACUCGAAACCCCAUAGGUACCUCUUCCUGCUAUAUCGGGAGCCUCAGGACUUGGCAUUGACCAAGGAGGAUGUCGGUGGUGACGAAUUUGUGCAGAGACGGUCGUUCAAACCUGCUGAGUUCGCAGAGAAGCAUGGGCUUCGACUGGUUGGUCUCAACUGGAUGACAUGUGCGGGGGAUGGUUGGAAGGGGAAGAGUAAGGGCGACGCCGUGGAGGAUCUACCUACGGUUGCCUGA